AUGUAUAUUCAAUAUUAUGAAAAUCAAGUUGGUGGUGGGGCACUGAUCCAUCAAGUACAUUUAAAUCAACGUGGUCAAGGGAUAGGAGGGUUUCUUGGUGGUCUCUGUAGAGGAAUAUUACCACUAAUUGGAAGUGCAUUGAAACCAGUUGGGAAAGAAUUAUUAUCAGUUGGAAUGAAUGUUUUGGGUGAUGUCAUCACUCGUCAGAGCAAUUUAAGAGAUUCUCUUGAUAAUCAUUUGACACAAUCUGGUAAUAAAUUAAAAAGAAAAGCUAUGGAUAAACUAGAUACAUUUUUAAGUGGAGGUGGAGUUGGCUAUAAGACCAUUCUUACUACUGUUGAAGAGUCUCAUUGGGUUUAUUACAAUCCAGUCACAACACUCACAGAGGAUUCACCAAUUGAAUUUCAUAUUCCAGCUAAUGGAGAAGAAUAUAUUGACCUGGCACAUACGAUGUUAAAAAUAAGAUGUAAAAUUACAAAAGAAGAUGGAACUGCUGUUGCCGCUGAUGCUGUGGGUGCAACAAAUAAUUUUUUACAUACAAUGAUUAGUCAAUGUGAUGUUUUAUUUAAUCAAAAGUCAGUCUCUGGAUCUAAUUCUUCAUAUCCAUACCGUGCAUAUAUUGAAACAUUAUUAAACUAUGAAUCAGAUGCAUCAAACAGCCAUUUACAAUUGGGACUAUGGUUUCUAGAUACUCCAGGUUUUAUGGAAGCACCAGUAGGAGCUGCUGCUGGAGCACAAAAUAAAGGAUUGCAAGAUCGAUCACUUUUUAUGACUAAUGGCAAUCAAUUUGAGAUGCUUGGGCAUUUACAUGUUGAUGUUUUUAAUCAAAAUAAAUUUUUAUUGAAUGGUGUUGAGAUGAAAAUAACUUUAACACGAUCAAAGAAUGAAUUUUGUUUAAUGGACAACACAGAGGAUGGAAAUUAUAAAGUAAAUAUUUUAGAAGCAACACUCAUCAUACGUCGUGCUAAGCUCAAUCCAAGUGUACUUGUAGCACAUUCAAAAGCAUUGGCCAAAACGACUGCAAAAUAUCCUUUGACUAGAGUAGAAGUAAAGAGUUUUAUUUUAGCUCAGGGUAUAUUAUCAAAUACACUUGACAAUAUUAUACUAGGAAAUUUACCUAAAAGAAUUGUUGUUGGUUUAGUUGAUAAUAGAGCAUUUAAUGUUGGUGGUAAAGCAUUAUCUCCUAGUUUUAGUAAUAAUAUUCAUGAUGCUGAAGCCUAUCAGACAUUAUUUUCUGGAACUGGAAUACAUUUUGCUGAUCAUGGAAUGAAAAUUUCUCGUUCUAGUUUUACGAAGGGCUAUACUUUAUUUGCAUUUGACUUAACACCUGACCUCUCUGCUAAUGAUAGCAUGUACUGGAAUUUAAUAAAAAAUGGAAGUCUCAGAAUUGAGAUAAGAUUCGGUGUUGCACUUGCUCAAACAAUAAAUUGUAUAGUAUAUGCCGAGUUUGAUAAUAUUAUAGAAAUUGAUAGUACACGUCAGGUGUUAUUAGAUUAUAGUAAUUAA